UAUUUUUUUUUUUAUAGUUAAUAAAUAGUAACAUAUUACACAGUAAAUAAUACAUGGCUGGCUCCCAGUGUGCUUGGACUUUAAUUUCCAAGUCAUAGGAUAGCAAUUAAUACGGUUCGAGUCUAUGGCGGACGACCGUAGCAUGAAUCAUGAUCCCAUGUAUAAAUAUUCAAGCGCGUAAUGUAAAAAAUAUCAAAUGAAAUGUUGCUAUAAUUACGUAUCUUGUAAUGGUGAAUCCAAAAAUUCAAUCAUAUUAUUUUGCAUGUCCGUUUGGCCUGAGAAAAAUGGAAUGCCAUUUAUUUAACCUCAGAAAAAAAACGAAUUUGUUAAUUAAUAAUUAAAAAGUUAUUAAUUAUUAUUAAACUUAAGAGUAACAGAAAUAACUCUAUUAAUUUACUAGUUCAAACAUUUUUUUCUUCAAGUUACCAAUUAUAUUAUUUAUUAAAACUUACCAAAAAUGCCCAGGAGACAAUUGACUAAUGAAGAACGUGAACUGUCUAAAAAACGUCGCUUAGAAAAAGAACGAGAGAGACAACGUGCUAGACGAUUAAAUCCAGAAUUUAGAGCCAAAGAACGAGCUAGAAAUACAGUUGCUAAACGACUUUCUAGAGCUAAAUCUAUAACUAAUACUAGUAUUAAAAAUUGGAUCUACAAUACUAAUAGUAGACAAAAAUGUCUAAUUACACCCAUAAUCAAAGAACAACAAGAAGAUUUAGUAGAACUUAAUAGUUUGAAAAAGGAACAAGAGAGAGAAAGGAAACGUUUGCGAAGAUUAGAUCCUAAUUAUCGUACUAGAGAACGUGCAAGAAAUACUGCUUUAAAAAGAAUUUCCCGUCAAAAAAUGUACAGCAUUCAAGAAUAUAGCACUUUGUCUGAGGCUGUCAGCGAUUCUGAUAAUACUAAUUGUGGUGUAGAAAUAAAUAAAGUCAUUGAUUGUGAAUGUUGUGGAGAUCCGAUCAGUAGUGAUCAUGUAUGUUUUUCCAACAUUUUGUCUGUGGAACUAUCAGAAACUGAUUUUAGCACCGACAACUUUGAAAAAAUCAACAAUGACUCUACAAGUUACCAUUUUACUUAUUAAAUUAUUUAAUACCAUUGUAAAGUCAUUUAAUUAAGUCUGUUUUCUUUUUAUAAGUUUAUUUUUGUUAUUUGUUUUUAUUUAUUUAUGAAUGACCCUAAAAAUGGAAAAAUGCGAUUUAUA